GCGCCCUCCCGCCCCGCUUCCUCUCCAUCACAACUCUCCUUCCUGCUUGUGCUCCCACCCCCUUCCUCCUCCCGCUCCUCCACAAGCCCUCUUCCCUCCCUCUCGCGUCCUAGCCGGCGACGAGCUCCGCCUAGGGUUCGUUAGAUCAGGGGCCCGUACCGGCGGCCGGGGGAGGGAUGGAGGACUCCGCGGGCUCGCGCGGUGGAACCAAAUGCGGCGGCCUGGACGCGCAGAUCGAGCAGCUCAUGGAGUGCCGCCCGCUCCCGGAGCCGGAGGUUAAAACAUUGUGCGAGAAGGCCAAGGAGAUAUUGAUGGACGAAAGCAAUGUUCAGCCAGUUAGAAGCCCAGUGACAAUUUGUGGUGAUAUUCAUGGGCAAUUCCAUGAUCUUGUAGAACUUUUCAGGAUUGGCGGGAAGUGUCCAGAUACGAAUUAUUUGUUUAUGGGAGAUUAUGUUGAUCGUGGCUAUUACUCUGUUGAGACUGUAACGCUUUUGGUUGCACUUAAGGUGCGCUACCCACAACGCAUUACAAUCCUUCGUGGAAACCAUGAGAGUCGGCAGAUCACACAGGUGUAUGGCUUCUACGAUGAAUGCCUACGAAAGUAUGGCAGUGCAAAUGUCUGGAAGAUCUUCACUGAUCUUUUCGACUAUUUUCCAUUGACAGCAUUGGUGGAAUCAGAAAUCUUCUGCCUCCAUGGUGGUUUAUCUCCAUCCAUCGAAAAUCUUGAUAGUGUUCGUAGCUUAGAUCGUGUUCAGGAGGUCCCUCACGAGGGACCCAUGUGUGACCUUCUAUGGUCUGAUCCAGACGAUCGAUGUGGCUGGGGCAUAUCUCCUCGGGGUGCUGGAUACACUUUUGGCCAAGACAUAUCGGAACAGUUUAAUCACACCAACAAUCUCAAACUUGUAGCCCGUGCUCAUCAGUUGGUUAUGGAGGGAUAUAACUGGGCGCACGAACAAAAGGUGGUGACCAUAUUCAGUGCACCUAAUUAUUGUUACCGGUGUGGCAACAUGGCAUCCAUCCUUGAGGUUGAUGACUGCAGGAAUCACACAUUUAUUCAGUUUGAGCCAGCUCCUAGGAGAGGUGAACCAGAUGUGACGCGGAGAACACCUGAUUAUUUCCUUUGAGUUAUCUGUGUAUCAUUUUGAUUUUUGUCCAAGAAUAGUGGAUGCUGGUCAGUAACAGUUGUGUUGGAUCCAUGUGAUAAUUUAACCGGCCAGCAAAAGCAAGAAAAUGUCCGAAGCCUAGUGUAAGAUUUGAUCCGCUUUGGUCACUGCAUGAGGUGCCAUCAGUCUACCACCUAAACCGAUGUAAACAAUGUGCAAGAAUCCGGUGGUAAAUUGGCGCCUCUGGUGGCCCUUCGCCCCUCACUGUUUAGACGGUCGACAGAAAUCGAACCUCCAUUUUAGCAUAAGGUGCUUCAGUUGUGUAUCAGCUAGUUUUGUAUUGCUGUGCUUGUAACUUGUAACUUUUAUGUGAUUAGUGAGUGGACUAGACAAGCUGAUCUUCUGGUUUCAAGAAUUGGGAGGAAUGCCAUACUUAGUUCGUACA